AUGCGCGACGUCCACUUUCGAGUAUACUGGACUCUCUGCAGGAUCGAUGUCUGGUCCUCAGAUGGCAUGAACCUACAACGGCAGAUGGCACUGCGCAAGGAUGUGCCUUUGCCCAUGGAUGAGGAGACAUUCCUCAAUCUAAGCCCUCAAAGUCCCGGCACUGUGGACAUGAUCGCGAACCCUGAUCGAAACAACUCUCUCUUAGCACAGAUGAUCAAACUCAACAGCAUUCUCAUCGAGGCCAACGACUACAUGAAAGACAUUACAACUACGCAGCCCGCACCAGUCUCCAAAGACCGCGUUGCCGGCUUGUCCUUGAAGCUGGACAAUUGGCUAGCAGCCCUUCCUAAUCACAUGCAUGACACUGCUGAACCUACAAGCCCUUUCGAUCAAGGGCCUCGGCCGCAUCUUUCCGACGCUGCCAUGGCCACGCCUGGCUGUGACGUGAAGUACACCAUGGUCGAUCACAUCACUGUUACCGCUUCGUCGAUUCACAUCCAUACGCCAUCGUUUGAAACAGAUGAAAAGCAGAUUUGUGAAGCAAGGGACCAGCUUGAAGGGAAUUUCAACCAUCUUCUCGGACUCGAAAUACUGGGUUGCACUGGAAGUUUGCUUUCCACGACAAAAGACUUGGAUACCAGCUAUCGCAUGGAUAGGUAG